UUAUGUUUCUUCCUUACACCCCUUACCCCUUUCUCAGCAAUUUAGCAUUGCUUUCUCCAGUGGAAGCUGGAGGAAAUUUUGGGUAGGGGGUAGGGUCUUCACAAACAGGUGCCCAUACGAAUACUUGAAAACAUGCAGUGAUUUUUAUUCUGUGAUUUUAAAACUAGGCAUAAUAUGUUAUUAGAAUGUUGAGAGAAUUACUGUUCAAUGUAAACGAAUCAUAAUAUGAUCUGUAAGUGAUAUGAUGGUAGCCUAUAGCUCAAAUGCAGUAGAACCAGUUUUGUUAUAUUUACACUGUAAACACAGAUGCAGUGUUGGGAUGUGUAGACCGAUUAGGAUGUGUGCAAAACUCCUUUGUUACUCUAGAAUAAUGUAUAGCCUUUCACAUAUUUUGCUUUUUUGCACACCAGACCAAGCCUUUCUUGUUGACUAUAUCGCUUCUGCAAACUUGUGCAGGUCAAGGUUGCCCUCUUAUGGUCCAAAACUGUAAACUAGUGUUCCUCUCAAGUGUAAAAUACACUGUUGUCGUCAGCACAGAUAAAGCAAGAGAAAGAAAAAUAAAGAAUACCUUGCGGACAUUCACAGAGCCUUGCUAGCUACUAUAAGAACAUACAACGCUUAAAUGAUUUUAUUAGCAAGCAACGCUUGCCCGAUGCGCAUAUUGACUUUAAUCGGUGUAGCUAUGUUUGUUCAGGGUGAACUGUGACAUUUUGUUUGCAUUCAUUAACCAUUUGCGUGCUACAACUUUCAAUAGCCUACACUACAUCAUGAUGAAAUUGAAAACAAGCGCAUAGUUUGAAGUUAACGAUUAGCCUAAAUGAAAAGGCGGGCAUACUGACGUAAAAACCGUGCCCCUCAGGAAAUCACUCUAAACUGUAGCUUCCAUUGCCUUUCAAAUUGGCACGCCGGCAAAUAAAGACAUCUUCAUUGGGUAGCACUGCGAUCAGUCAACCGAGCGGCGAAGAGAAGGGGCGGGAGUUUGGUUGUGUUGGAUUUUGAUGCAGGCGACAGGCAUUCAAGUGUUGUCACAGAACGGGCAGGCUACACUAAGUUUUGCGCAUGUGAGCCCCAUCAGUAGCUAUGGACAAGUCUGGAGUAAUGCAGCAGGAGAGCAUGGAACUGGACCUAGAAAUACCAGCAUCUCUGACCCAAAGCGACGGGCACCUGAGACGAGCCAGCAGCGCCCCGAUGAUAAAUGGCCUAAGUGACAACUCGCAGGUGUUUCAACGGGAGAUUCUCCGAGUCCGAAGAAACAGCGCUACGGUCGUGAAUCGUCCCUGUGUGGUUCCUUCCUCUCCCAUCCGGAUCCCCAGCACCAGACUCCACCAGAUAAAACAGGAAGAGGGUGUUGACGUGAUGAACAGGGAGACUGCUCAUGAGAGAGAGGUGCAAGUAGCCAUGCAGAUGAGUCAAUCAUGGGAGGAGACCCUCAGUUUGAGAGAUCACGACUUUGACAAGUCUUUGGCAUCUUCCCCAAAACGGAUCGACUUUGUCCCCGUGUCACCUGCUCCAUCUCCCACCAGAGGGCUUGGGAAGAAGCAAUGUUUCUCUCCAUCUCUGCAAAUCCUGGUCAGCAGCAACGGGCUAACGCCCAGCACAGCGCCCAGCCCCACCCGCCGAUUUAGCCGGAGGAGCCGGAGCCCAAUCAAUUGUAUCCGCCCCAGUUUUUUGGGGCCAAUCAAGAGGAAAGGAAACAUGGAGAUAGAAAGCCAGCCUAAGAGACUGUUCCAGGGCACCACGAGCAUGCUGUCCCCUGAUGCGUCUCCCGUGUCAGAACACAGCUCCUGUUUUACCUCCGACCUGCUGGACGGCAGCCUCAGCAGUGUAGGAUCCUCGUCUGGGUCUCUGGCCAAGAUGGAGGCCACGUCUUCCUCCUCCAGCAGUUCGCCUUUUGGCCCUCUCUGGGACAUCUCCCCAAAAUGACAGGGGGAUUCAGGAUGGGAAGAGGCGUGGCAGGGAUCAGGGACUCUUUCAGUGCUUUUAGGCUUUUGGGGUUCUUUACUUCACUGAGAUGGGACAGUGCAUUGAUAAUAAUCGAAUGGAGAACUUGGGAAGGUGGAAUUUGGUCAUAGUGUGAAUACUGAUCUGGGAUCAGUUUAACCUUUUAGGCCAUAAUGGGUAGGAUAUCAACAGGGGAAACCUGAUUCUAGAUCACCACUCCUGCCCCAAGACAUGCUAUGUUUUUAAGGCUUUGGAGCUGGAGUAUGUGAGGAUACAUGGCUGAGUUACCAAACAAACGUUAUGGAGAGGGUCGUCAUUGGCUGCCCUUUUUGGACUUGGACACAUGGGGCAUAACCUCCUUCAUAGAUCCCAGACUUCCCCACUGGCUCGCAGGGUUUCCUCAUGUAGACUGCAGAUUAAAUGGGUGCUGGGAAUUACUGCUCCCUUCCUUAAGAAUGAUGUUUUUUUGUUUUCUUUUUAAGAGUUCAAGGUAAAAGAUGAACUGCCUUUAUAAGGAUUUCAUGUUCUUCUGGUAUACCUGCACAGGUUUCCUGCAGGUAUUGUGUGAAUGGAUUUAACUUAUUUGCUCAUAUGUGUGUUUUUGGUAAGAAUGUCUAUAUCAUCAUAUAUUAUUAACAUUACUGUCUGAGUACCAUAUCAGUUCUGAAGUGAUUGCUGGCUCAGUACAGGAACAGCAAAGUGUCAUUCACUUCUGAUGGGUUUACAGGAGUCUGUGGGUCACAUCCAUCUUUCUGAAAUGUGCACUUGAGAAACCAGGCCUGUGUCUUUGGAGAGGACUGAGGUAAUAUGGUCAGUUCAUGUUUGAAUAGGCGUGUUAACUGGUCCUCAACUGUUCAGCUUCUAUACAAGGCAACGCAAUGCGUGAGGUGGCCAGUUAAGACAAGCCUGAGCUCCUGCUGUUCCAUGUGGGGGAGUAAAGGGGGAAUCGUGGCGAUUUCCACUCAUGCCAGGACUUGACAGCUACGGAGGGGCCGUCAUGCUGGGGAGAUGACUGUAAACAUUGCUGCAAAUUGUGUCGGACUUGAGAUCAACCACAAACUUUGCUGAAGUCGCUGCUGUUUUUCUGCAGAGGGAAUGGAAAAGAAUCACUUGAUUUCCAUAUUUUUUCAUAUUUACUGGAUUAUCCUUUUUUUUGUUGUUGUAGCCGGCUGUUGAAACUGUCUUAAACUUUUACUAUUGUAAUAUGUCAUUAAUGAAAGCCCUGCAUGGCUUGUUAAAGGCUUGACACUGACAACAGCUAGCUAAUGACUUUAAAGUGAAUUCACUGUAACUAUGGAAACAAACAUAGUGAACAGUGAGUGCUCUUAUGAGUAAAAUUGGUCUUAUUGGUGUAUUGCUUUUUCUGAUGAAGACAUGGUAUAAUUGAUUCUCCUCUUAUCUGGGACCUGCUGGAGCUAGAUUCUGUGGCUCUGCUUUAUUGGCAAGAACUGUGUUUGCUCAUACAGCUGUACAGACUGCAUGGAUAUUGAGACUGCAACAAAGGAAGGGAGGGGUUCAUUCCAAACAUAAACCACAUACUCUAAAUAAGUCCUGUUUCAAGUGGCAUUUUGUUUUUCAGA